AUGUACCGUCCACGAUACCUACCUCCACCCAGGCCACUACCACCACCAGCAGCAGCAGCAGGUGCUGGUGCACUUGGCGGAGCAUUAGGUGGCGUCGGUGCUGCUGUCACCUGUAUCUGCUGUCUUGCAGCAAUUGGUUUACUCGGUCUGUGGGCAACUUUUAUUCCAUUUGUUGCUUUCUUCAAAUAUGCAUGGGAUCAAGAGACAAGAGCUUUUGGUGGUAGUCCAAACUUUCAAAAUCUUCCACAAAUCAUUUUUCUUCUUGCAAUCUGUCUGUUAACAAUUCGUUUUGUCAAACGACAGAUGUCUUCCUCAAAGGAAUCCUCAAAUAAUUCUAAUAAUAACAAUUCAACUUAUCAAAAUCAUUUAUCAGAUUAUGAAAAUGAUGCAUAUUUAAAUUCGCAAAUAUAUUCUCAACAACAAAUAUCAGGUCAUGGUUUUGACCAUAGAGGACAAUCUUAUGAAAAUAAUUUAUUUCAACAAAUGUGUCCUUUUCAAGAUGAUGCUGAUGAAGAUUUACCAAAUGAAAUAGUUGCUGAAUUAGAUGCAAGAAAUCGUAUACAAACAAAUAUUAAUGAUGAAGAUGAUUCGGUUUUUUCUGAUGUUGUACAAGAUGCUUUUAAAAAAUAUCAAAACGAGCAAGAUGAAUUAUAUGCGCAAAUGGAAGAAUGUUGGAAUUAUAUGAGUUCGGAAAAUAAUUUUGUUGAUACACCAAAAGCUUCAAUUGAACAACCUCAACAAAGUAAAUUAAAUCCGGAUGCAGUUGAAUUUAAACCAUCAUGGUUAAAAUCAUCGUCAUCAUCAUCAUCAUCAUCAAAUACAACAACAAAUGAAGGAUCUUUUGUUAUCUUGACAUCUAGUCAACCUGAAGAGUCACAAAAAAAAAUUUAA